GCAAAUGAGAAUGUGAUUACAUAAUCAAUAUGUAAAUGUUCGUAUGACAUCACCUGGUGACUUUUAGCGACUUUUGGAGCUAGUGCUGGCUACUUUCAUUGGAAAAGAGUUGGCAACACUAGUUAGGAACCAACUUCAGUGAGAGAGUGACUGUCAUUACCCGCAGGGGGGGAGACACGAAGAUGCCGGAUUUGUUGGAGUUUCUGCAUGUUCGAGGGGUCCCAGAGGAAGCCGUUUCAGUAAUGGAAGAGCAAAAGGAAAUGGACAAAGUACAGGAGUAUGAGAAGCUCAAAAAGGAUCUCGAGAACGGUUUGAUAACCCAGAAAGGUUUUGACACCAACAUAAAAAGUCUCCUAGCUGUAGACACAAAAGAUGAACCUGGGACACCUAAUGCAUUUUUAACAUGGAUAAAGGGAGGAUGCCGCACAUUCAGCUCCAAAUGCAAAGAGUUUAAUUUGAAAACUGUUCGGCCAGCAACAAGGCCUUUGUCAAGUGCCUCUUCCAGCAUACAUGAUUCAAAUGACAAGCUGAGUCUGAUCUCCACUCAAGUUGAAUCAGAUGUGUUGGAAGACAGAAGCAGGUACCAGCGGAUAGUGCUUGAGGAGACUCCACCAAGAGUCAUUUUGCAAGGGCAUGAGACAUAUGAGGACCUAGCAAACAUUGGGAAGUCACGUUUCUGGUCGCCAGAGGAUGCAGAGGGGUGUGAGUUCACCCUCUGCAAUGCAGAUGGAACGAGGUGGAGCAAGGAGGACUUCCUCCUUGAGUUUCCGGAUGCAUCUGCAAUUACCUAUGCAUGGAAAAGGACGCUUUUUGUCGGGCGCAAGGAAUUGAAUGUUAUGUGUCUGGAUGACGUCCAGUUGGAUGCGUCAGAAGAACAUCCUGAUAAAUCCGACACGUGUGAGGCCAGCACAGAUGAGGACCCUGAAAACGUCGAGUCAGAAGUGGGGGAAAGUUGUCUGUCAGUAGACACCAUCAGCCAGGAACAGGCUUGUCUGUGUCCUUGAAAGAAAGCAGACACGUUGAUUUUUCUGAAGGAAAAACUGGUGGAGAGGUCCUCAGUAUGUAGCAGUAAACAUUAGACAUUGACUUGGCUCGUUUUCACUGGAAAUGAUUUCUUAAUUUUUUUGGUAAGAAAACUGCUUGGAGUUGAAAAAUACCAAAGCUGAAAAGUAAAACUCAAGAUUUGUACUGUAAUGUGUAGCAUCAUUUUCUUUUUGUUAAAAUUGAUAUUAUAAAAUUGGUAUCGAAAAUAGCUCAGUAACCGGUAUCGAAGUGAAGGUAUCGGUAUUGGUACCGGUCUUCAUUAGACUCCUGUAGGAACCAUUCAGACUCCUGUGGGACCCAUUAGAGUCCUGUGGGAAGCAUUAGACUCCUGUGGGAACCAUUAAGGCUCCUGUAGGAGGGACUUCCGGUCUGGCUGGCGAAGAGAUGGCAGCAUAGGCUAACAGGCUCCCGAUGGUAAAAUUUAAACAAGGCCCGGCCACGACUUGAAAUUCCUCUUUGACAUGAAAAUAUAAAUGCAAAUGUAAUGGGCCAAAGAUGAUGCCCAGGAAAGUUAAGAAAAGUGUUGCGCAAAGGAAGGCAAACGACAACAUGGAAGAAGACCGACAGUCACAAGCUAGCAUGCUAGAGGACACGCAACCGACUGACCCGGAACAGAGCCAUGAUGCUAAUCUCGGAAUUAUCCUAAAAGAGUUAUGAGAAUUUAGAAAGGACUCUAGCCAGAAACUGACCGACAUCCGCAAAGACAUUAAUAAGAUCUAACCUUAAGGGUUUUGAAUGAAAGAAUCAAAAGUAUCAA